AUGGCGGGUCUGAGACAUCUCGCUCUUUCUGGAUUCUGUGGACUGAUUCCUCAUCAGCUUGGAAAUCUUUCAGGCCUUCACUAUUUGGAUGUUGGAUCUAACUCUGGCCUUUAUGUGGAUAGUCUUCAUUGGAUGUCUAGUCUCUCUUCCAUGAAAUGCCUUGACAUGUCCUCUGUCAACCUUUCUUCAGCACUAGAUUGGCUUCAAAUAUUGAGUAGGCUUCCAUCUCUUUCGGAGCUACACUUAAAAUAUUGUUAUCUUGAUAGCCUGAAUCCAUCUCUUGGAUUUGUCAAUUUUACGUCUCUUCUAGUCCUUGAUCUUUCCUAUAAUCUUUUCAAUCAUGAGAUUCCUAAUUGGUUUUCUAAUAUCAGUGCAACCCUCUUAGAGCUUGAUCUGACCAGCAAUUCACUGAAGGGUGAGAUACCACAUGGCAUUUCGAAUUUUCAAAAGUUAGAACUUCUAGUCUUGGGGGAAAAUCAUCUAACUGGAAAUAUUCCGGAGUCAAUUGGGCAACUUAAGCAUCUAACAGUACUUGAUCUCCAAAUGAAUUCUUUUAGUGGUCCUAUUCCUUCAUCCCUUGGGAAUUUAUCUUUCAUGGGGGGAUUAAUCCUCUAUGAUAAUCAGUUAAAUGGAACUUUCCCAAAGAGUCUUGCACUACUCUCAAAUUUAAAUUUCUUAGCUAUUGGAGACAAUUUCUUAACCGGCAGUCUAGAUGAAGUGUUUUUUACCAAAUUUUCAAAAUUAAAGGUGCUAUCAACAUCCUUGUUCUUCAAUGUCAAUUCCAAUUGGGUUCCUCCUUUUCAACUUGAAAUUGCUGACAUGAGCUUUUGCAAGAUUGGACCUAACUUUCCAGAAUGGCUAAAAACACAAAGGUCUCUCGAGGGUUUACUAAUGUCCAUGUCAGGAAUUUUGGGCAAGGCUCCGGGUUGGUUUUGGAAUUGGACUUCAAAUGUUGAUUCCAUCGAUCUCUCUAGCAACCGCAUAGAAGGUGAUGUAUCUGACAUCUUGCUGAAUUCUAGGAUCUUAAAUCUAAAAUCUAAAAUCUAA